AUGGAACAGUUUAUCGAUCGAGCUUUACAGUAUAUGACAUUGAUAAAUCGAAAUAGAUCUCAAGGAUGGCAAUUUAGUAUGGGUAGAAAUUGCAAUUACAAUGAAGGCACCAGACAACUAGUCAAUUACAUAUUGUUUGAUUACUGCUAUACCAUCAAGGAUUUAGCAAACAUUAGAAUUCCUGAAGAAAUAUUAGAGGAUGUUGUCAUUUUUGUCAAAGAAGAUUGUGUCCAUGUCUAUUGCAAUGCAAAAAAUUAUGAAUAUCUCAUGCCCUAUAUUAUCCAUUGGAGAAAUCUUCAGCUAUAUUGUUUAUCUGAGUUGCAAUAUGAAGAUGAUGAGGUAGCUGAAGAAUAUAAAAUAUGUAGUUUUAUUGACAUGGUAGGGGAUUCUCGUCGAAUCGGUAUACCGUAUGAAGGGAAAAAACCUUUAGAUCCAUUUGUUUUUGAAUCAUGGCCACUAAUUCAAGCAUAUGCAUAUGAAGGAAUCCGUGAAGGAGGAAGUGUAGCAGAUUGGGGACGACCAUUUGUUCAGUUCGGUAACCGCUUAACAAAUUUAGCGUUAAAGAACGGAUUUGAAUCUAAGGAUGUCAUUAAACACGGCGAAAGUAUUAAUCGAUGUGAUGAAAGAAACAAUAUCUUAUACAUGAUCUGUAAAGCUAUAGACCCCCGAACAAAGUUAAUUUGUAUCAGAACGUACUUUUUAUCUCGAUGUUAUGUGCCGCACGGUACAGCAGAUAAGAAAGACAUUAAUAAAGAUGCCAGAAAGCACGUGGAGUUCCAUAUUGAAUGUUACGACAACUAUGGCAGGAGUAUUCAUAUUUCUAAUCAGGAGCACUACCAUCGCAUAAAACUGGCUUACGUUGCAAUAACCGAUAUACCGAGUCUCAAUAAUUCAAGUACAACUUUAGGAUCUGUGGCUUUUGCUGAAACCUUUGUCGAUUCCGUAGUUAGAGUGUAUAAUUCCGAUAAUAAAAUAUCAUGGAAAGGAAAACACCUAAUAUUAACUAGAAAUGUCCCAAAAUAUUUUUUUCAUCCUGAUUCGACAGAAGAGAAAUCGUUUAAUGAGAUUAAAGAAUUAUUACAGACUGAAAACCGUAACUGGGGUAAGAAGUUGGCCUUAAUGGAAAAUGUUCCUUUUGUAUGGGAUAUCGCAAAUGUUUACUUGAAUGAAGAGCAAGUCAUCAUAUUUGAGCGAUGUAUUAUUAUCAUCUGUAAAAAUUUUGGAACAUUGGUAUUGUCGCUAAACGAAAUUGAGGCGAUCAAGUUAUUCGAUGGAGACUCAACCAGUACAGUUGCAAUUUUGUUGAUUAAAUGUAAAAGUUCGUUACUUCAUCAUUUACCGAUACCAUUCAUACAUGAUAAUUUGGAAUAUAUCUUUGCAUUACCACCGAAAAGUAAAGCACGCCGGGAGUUUUAUAAUAAGGUUUUGAAUUCAUGGAAUUCGACGAUGUCUUCGCGACCUCAAGUAGAAAUAAUGAAAGAUUUACAGCAAAAGAUAAGAAAUGUGUACGACUUUUUGCAAAGUAGUUUGAAUGUAGCUGGUAACAGUGUUUAUCAGAAUGCUGCUCAAAGAUUAUACGACUUUGCCAGCUUUUGGCCUAUUUUUGAAUUCUGUAACUGUGCCACUAAUAUCAAAGAAGAUGAUAUAGCAUUAUUGCAGUCUAGCAAUCCACAGCAAGUAAUGGAAGACACUGCCGAAAUCAUCAUCACUGUAAUCACUGGCAUUCCUGGUUGUGGAAAGGAAAGUUUAUGUACUUCAUUAACUUCCCUAGCUAAAGAGAACAAUAGGUGGAUGGUAUUGCGUCAAUCGAUUAACGACUUGAAUACUUUCAAAGGAGAAAAACUUCAGGAAAGGUUAAGUAAUCUGAUUAGCAAACACAAGAACUCUCGUUCAUCGCGUCUAUCUACUGGUAGAAGGAUUAGGCUGCUUUUGGAGACGUCAGGAUUCACUGACAUUGUCGAUGUUAUUCAAGCAAUAUUAUCUCAUCCAGAUAAGACUUUAACUAAAAACCUGCGCAUCGGCGCCGUAACUGCGUGUCUUGAUCAUCAGAAUUGCUUUAUGGAGGGGAAAACUAUGAUGCCAAAAUUGUUGGAGUUUUGUGCAACGGGAUUAGUCAAUAACAUUGUCUUUCAUGAUGGCUUCGAGCAAAAAGAUGAAGAUAUGUUGCAAAUACAGAAAUUAAUUAGAACUUUAAAUGUUGAUGUUGCCUUUAUUGCUGCUCGAAGUGGAAAAAUUACGAGAUCUAUCGGUGCUUUUGCCUCUGGUCAAACUCUACCUGCAGUAACUGAGCACUUUUUGAAAUUCAAUUUACCGUUGGAUAAAGCCAAAAUAUUGAAACAAUGUAAAGACCUUAGGGAUCGCAAUUCCUCUACUAUCAACAAUCAAGGCAAAAUUUAUCAUAUUCGCGGCUUGACUGAACUAAUUGAUGUAACUGGUUAUCAUGAGAUCGAUUGUUGCCCUUAUAGUCAAAAAGUAGUAAUGCAAUCUGUUGGUCAUUUACCUACACCACCUAAGCCAUCUGGGGCUGCACAAAAUAUGCAAGAAAAUGCAUCUAAAUCAUUUAUGAUAUUUAGCGGUACCGGAUUAGACGAAGGCCGAUUAAAACAAUGGCUGACAGGCUGUAGGCCGGCGAAACCGAAAAAAAAAGUAUUAAGGACGAAAGAGUCGUUAACAUCUGGAGAGGUACAAAAAAUUCGUAAUGAAUUAAAGGCAAAACCAUUGCCUGCUGGAUGUUUUUAUAAUGGAUUACAGUAUCAAUUACUAGAUUUUGAACAGCGCAUUGAAGAAUAUCUCAAGAAUAUAAAUGCAAGAAUAGAAGAGCAGAAUCGACGAAUUGACGCAAUUCCGGAAGAAGCAUUAUUUUAA